AGGAACUGUGUAAUCACUUACGUUGUUCAGUGAUAUGAGAAAGUAAAACUAAACCAGGACUAAUCUCUGUAUGAUCUCGCAUUUAUUCACACUCUUGAGAGCAGUCAAUGUUGAGUUUAAGGUAAGUCAUGGAAGAACUGAAAAGCACCUGAACAACUUCCAUGUCUUUCAAAUAUGAAGUUUAUUUGUUUGACCCUCCUGAUUAUUAGUGGAAUUACUGAUUCAAGAUCAGAAGAGUAUGAUGUGGUGGGACCUGAAGAUGCUGUUCUUGCUGUAGCUGGUGAAGAUGUGAUUCUGCCCUGUUCUCUCAAACCCAACACCAGUGUUGUGGACAUGAGAGUGGAGUGGUUUAGACCUGGUCUGAAAGACUCAUUAGUGCAUCUCUAUGAGGAUCAUGAAGACAGAAACACAGAUCAGAUUCAGUCCUACAGAGGCAGAACAGAACUGAUCCAUCAAGAACUGCAGAGAGGAAACGCUUCACUCAAACUCUCAUCAGUCCGAGCCUCUGAUGAAGGAUAUUAUAAGUGUUUCAUUCAGUCCAAAUCCUGGUAUGAUGAUGUAACUGUUGAUGUCCGUGUUGAAGCUGUAGGACGUCCUCCACUGAUCACUGUAGAUGGAUUUGAUCAUUCAGAAAGGCUUCAUUUGCAGUGUGAAUCUGAAGGUUGGUAUCCUGAACCUUAUCUUGAGUGGCUGAACAGUGAAGGAGUCAGUUUGACUUCAGAAACUACUGAGACACAGAAAAACACAGACAGAUUCACUGUGAAACACACCAUCACUGUACAUCACAGUGUCGGCAAGAUACUCUGCAGAGUCAGACUAAAGCAUCACAUGCUGGAGACACAGAUUGUGACCUCAAGUAAAAGUUUUAAUCCAUGGAGGACAUCAGUCAUCUUGAGUUUAAUUGCUGUUGCGCUCAUUGUGAUUGCUGGAAUGCUGAUAGCUGCAGUUGUUUGUAAAAACAGAGAACUUGACAACUACGGAAUGAGUACAGUAGACAGAAAGCAAGAACUUGAUCAACUAAAGAAUGAGAACAUGACAAAUCAAAAAGAAUGCAAAGUACUACAGAAUAAGAUUAGCAGAACACAACAAGAAUGCAAAAAACUACAGAAUGAGAUUAAGGAAAUACAACAAGAACGCAAUGAACUUUUAAAGAACGAGAACAUGAAAAUAAAAGAAGAGCUUCAUCAACAAGAGAAGUUUAGAAAACAAGAAGAACUUGAGAAGAUCAGAAAACAAAAAGAACUUGAGAAGAUCAGAAAACAACAAGAACUUGAGAAGAUCAGACAACAACAAGAACUUGAGAAGAUCAGACAACAACAAGAACUUGAGAAGAUCAGACAUCAAGAAGAACUUGAGAGGAUCAGAAAACAAAAUGGAGGAAACUGUCUUUUACAAUGAGGUGCAGGUGGCGGAGUGAACUAAGUGGUAUUUAGGCCAUAAACAUGAUGGGCUGGAACAGUCUGAGUGUGGAGCCUGGGUUGUGGAUUAUGAGGAGGGUCUGGCCUCCUUUUAUGAUGAGUCCAUCUUACACUGGUCAGUCUUUUGAUGAGAAACUUUAUCAUAAACAUUUCUGUGUUAGUUAUGUUUCUCACAUAGCUUUUGACUGUUGACAUGUGGGUCAUUCUAUAAUUGUGGGUACAUCUCAUGUCCGUGAAGUAUAUAUAUAUAUAUAUAUAUAUAUAUAUAUAUAUAUCUUUAAGGUUGCUCAUUCUACUCUGCAGUUAAGCAUGAAAAUGACCUCAAAUAUAAAUCAUAUAAAUUUCAUAGUUUUGCCUUCAGUUAGAUUGGGUUAUCAAGACAUUUGGGUAUGCUCUUUAAAAAAAAAUUAAGUGUUUAUUGUUAUAUAACCUCAAAAAGGAAUGGUUUUUCACAUAAUUUGACUGUCAACAGUGUUACUCAAGUAUUAUUGCUGUGUUUUGUUUAUGAAAAUAUAUUUCUAAACAUACCAUACACUGUAAAAAAAAUCCUGUAAAAAAAAAACGGUAAAAAGACUGGCAGCAGGGAUUCCAGAGAUAUUCCGUUAAAUUACAGAAAAUCACCAUUUUUCAAAAUUACAAGCAAAAACUGUAAAAAUACAGAAUACACUUUAUGGUCAAAAUUAAUUAAAUUACAGUAUAUUAUCAUUGAUAAUAUACAAAAAUUAUGUUAAAUUACAUAGAAAACAACCAAAUUUCAGGUUAAUUGCGAUAAAUUUAAGGUUUUAAUAAGUUAUUUUAUAGAACUGCUCUGUCCAUCUACAGUAAUUUACUUUUAAACUACAGUUUUUCUAUGUACAAUAACUAAGAAAUAAUUUAUAAAAACGCAGUAAGCACAUAUUUUGUAAAGGAUUAAUCCUUCUUUUUACAGAAAAAUUAAAAAGGUAUUUAGAAGUUAUUUUAUGUCUACCUGGAAUCAUUUUGUUAAAAUACAGAUAUUAUUAACUACAAUAAUCAAGAAAUGUUGCAUAAAAAUGUAGUAAAUUCGUAAUGCAAAGACAAUGUCUGCAGAUAUUUUAAUCAUUCAUUUUCCAGAAAUAUUACAGUUUAAAAUGUUUGGACAGUAGAGAAAAGAGCACAGUACUUAGAAAUACAUAAAAAAGAACAUCAUCAUUUUCAGCCAAUUUCUGUAAAAUUAACAACAUAUUCUACAGUCACUGUAUUAGUCAUUGUACAGAAGCACUGUAUGUCAAGUUAAAUGAAUAAUAAAAUUAUAGGAAACAUGUUUAGUACAUCAUUUAGAACAUGCAAAAAUACCUACAUACAAGAGGCAACUGCUGUAUACCUGUAUACAUUUACAGUGACAUUUUAUCCAAAGCAACAUACAAAGUCCCAGUUAGUCUAACACAGUAGACAUAGCAGUUUUUUAAUAAACAGAAAGUGUUAGUAUUAAAGGGAUAGUUUCUGUGUAUAUGACUUUCUUCUUUCAGACAAAAACAAUCAGAGCU